GCUUGAAGGAAGCUGUGAAAUCUGAUAGUGUCAUUGCAGCAGCCCUUGGUGGAGAGGCAAAUUUGUAUUGCAAUUUCUCGCUCUCGCUGGAUGUUUUGCAAGUCACCUGGCAAAAGAGAAACGGGUCUUCCUUCCAGAACAUAGCCACCUAUAGCCCAAACCAUGGGCUGAGGCUGAUAGGGUCAUUUCAGAAGAAGGCGCGUUUCACUACAGCAACCCUGCAGGCCUCAGCUAUCACGCUCCAAAAUCUCACGUUUGAGGAUGAGUCCUAUUACAGAUGCAUUUUCAAUGUGUUCCCGCAUGGCUCUUUCAGCAAAGAUAUAUGCCUCAACAUCCAAAGUGUUCAGACGAGCACAAUCAUCAUCAUGGCAGUUGUAAUAUCUGUGUUCUUAAUAAUCUGUACACUUUGCAUCAUAAGUCUAGUCAACAGAAAAAGGAAAAAGCUGAAGGGACGUAGUGCACGCAGAACGCAUGCAGAGGAGAAAAGCUUACAUCAAGACCUAAGUGAGAAAGCCAGGAGUCUGCACGCACCGAAGGACCAGUGCAUUGCUUCUGAAAACAAGGAGCAGACACCAGGCUCCUCACUUCAUGAAAGGCUGCCAGGUCUGAAGAGAAACUUGAAGGAGAAAAAAAAUUGCAGGCGCUUGUUUUCAGAGGAAGCGGAGAACCAGAGCAGCGACGUCCACAGCGUGUUUGACAGGAAACGUGUUAGAUUAUGCCUGGAGGAGCUCGGCUGCACACCUAUGAAGGAGGACAGAGAGGCACCAGCAGAUGGAGGAUCCUGGCUGCUCCCCAGCCCAGAACAGGAAGGAGAGCCAUCAGCCCCACCGUCUGGGCUCACCUCUACAAGCCCAGAGGAGCACAGGGGCCCAAGGGCAGGUGGGGAGCCCAAACUAAGGACCAAGAGGAAGGAGCACCUUGCCCAGGUCCCUCCCAGGGAUGUCACAGAAGACCCUCAGCCCCAGAGUCUGGGUGUGAAACCCAUCCAGAUGAGUCCUCGGCGAAGCACCUUUCGAAUUGAGGAGGUCACUGCCUAA